AUGCCGCAGCCGCAGCCGCCUGUUUCCUGGGGGGCGCCGUGGGAGGUGAGCGCUGAGCCAGGAGCCCCCCGCCGCGCGUGAGUGGAGCCCGGAGGCGGAGAGGCGCCCCCCUUUACCCGCUCCAUGGCGAACGCCAGCGAGCUCAGCAGCCCGCACCUGCCCAGCCCCGGCGGCCUGCUCAGCGCCUCCGGCCUCAAGCUGGCCACGCUGGGCUUGAUCCUGUGCGUCAGCCUGGCCGGCAACGUGCUCUUCGCCUGGCUGAUCCUGAAGGACCGGCACUUGCACCGCGCGCCCUACUACCUGCUGCUGGACCUGUGCCUGGCCGACGCGCUGCGCUCGCUGGCCUGCUUCCCCUUCGUCAUGCUGUCGGUGCGCAGCGGGGCAGCCGCCUGGCCCCACGGGCCGCUCAGCUGCAAGGUGCUGGCCUUCCUGGCCGUCCUCUUCUGCUUCCACGCCGCCUUCCUGCUCUUCUGCGUGGGGGUGACCCGCUACAUGGCCAUCGCCCACCACCGCUUCUACGCCAAGCGCAUGACGGGCUGGACCUGCCUGGCCAUGGUGUGCAUGGUCUGGACCCUGGCCAUGGCCAUGGCCUUCCCGCCCGUCUUCGACGUGGGCACCUACAAGUUCAUCCGGGAGGAGGAGCAGUGCAUCUUCGAGCACCGCUACGUCAAGGCCAACGACACGCUGGGCUUCAUGCUCAUGCUGGCCGCUGUCAUCGCCGCCACCCACCUGGUCUAUGUCAAGCUCCUCUUCUUCAUCCACGGCCACCGCAAGAUGAAGCCGGCCCAGCUCGUCCCGGCCAUCAGCCAGAACUGGACCUUCCACGGGCCGGGAGCCACCGGCCAAGCUGCUGCCAACUGGACGGCUGGCUUUGGCAGGGGCCCCACUCCUCCCACGCUGGUGGGCAUCAGGCAGGCCACCCACAGCCAGAUCAAGAGGCUGCUGGUGCUGGAGGAGUUCAAGAUGGAGAAGAGGAUCUGCAAGAUGUUCUACAUGAUCACCCUGCUCUUCCUGCUGCUCUGGUCCCCCUACAUCGUGGCCUGUUACCUGCGGGUCUUCAUCAAGGCCAGCACCAUCCCGCAGGUCUACCUGACUGCUUCGGUCUGGAUGACAUUCGCCCAGGCAGGAGUCAACCCCAUCCUGUGCUUCAUCUUCAACAAGGAGCUCAGGGUCUGCUUCAGAGCCCACUUCCCCUGCUGCCAAAGCAUACAGAGCACCCAGGGCACCAUCCUUUGUGAUCUCAAGAGCUUUGGCACGUAG